AUGGCUGGUGUUUUGUAUGAAAAGGGAAUGAUUCUUGACUUGGUUGAUUGGAAAUUAUCAUCCACUUACGUCCGGAAGCAGGCCCUCAUUGUUUUGCACUUAGCAAUUAAGUGUGUUAAUCAGUCUACUACUCUCAAGCCUAAAAUGUCUGAAGUCGUCAGUGUACCUAUAGAUGAGAAAAGCAUUCAACACGUCUCCUACUCUCAGGCUGGUGUGGAUUCAAAUACUAAAAGCAUGGGUUUUGAUGAGAAAGACAAAGAGGAAGUUUCAGAGACAGCAGCAACAACAAAAACACGUACAAAUGAAGAAGAAGUUGAUGAGCCUAAAAGUGGUGGGAUUAGUAGAAAGAUGAGUGAGAAUUCUCUUUAUGCAACUGAUCAAGAAGAAGAGGAUGAUGAUGAAACUCAUGAAAGGAAGAUUGAGCUGGGUCCUCAAUACACGCUUAAAGAACAACUUGAAAAAGAUAAGGAUGAUGAAAGCUUGAGGAGGUGGAAGGAACAGCUUCUUGGGGCUGUGGAUAUUGAGGCUGUUGGAGAGACUCUAGAACCUGAAGUUAAAAUCCUGAGCCUUGAAAUCAAAUCCCCUGGUAGACCUGAUAUUGUUCUUUCAGUUCCUGAGAAUGGGAAGCCUAAAGGCUCAUGGUUCACCUUAAAAGAAGGUAGCCGCUAUAGUCUGCAGUUCACUUUCGAGGUUAAGAACAACAUUGUUUCCGGCCUCAAAUAUACUAACGCAGUUUGGAAAACUGGCGUCAAGGUUGAUAGCUCUAAAGAGAUGAUCGGAACCUUUAGUCCUCAGCCAGAACCUUAUACUCAUGAAAUGCCUGAAGAAACUACUCCAUCUGGUAUGUUUGCUAGAGGAUCAUAUUCGGCUAAAACUAAAUUCGUUGAUGACGAUAACAAGUGCUACUUGGAGAUCAACUACACCUUUGACAUCCGUAGGGACUGGCUGCCAAUCAAAAACUGA